CUGAAGCUACUGCAACUUUUGGGGUUUUGAACAUCAAAAUUCUCGGCGAUAUCAACGAAGAAAUGAGAAAAUCAUGUUGCGAUACGUCUCUCACAUUUGCUCUCAAAUUCCUGAAUUUGUUCCAAUUAUUUGUUGGAAUUUCGAUUAUUCUUUACUCUGUUUAUAUGUUAAAUUGCUGGGACAAACACUUGCCAGUCCCUACUCUUCCACCUCCAGCCCCCUCGCCGGAUUCUUCUGAUUCCGUUUCAACCAUUUUCAACACUGUUAGGGUUUCUGAUCAACUGAUUCAUGAGAAUUUUGGUGCUGACAUGAUGAGUAGUGUUUCCGGAAGGACAAUAGUCGAUGUCAGCUCCAGUUCUUCACCGUGGUUCAUAUAUGCAUUUAUGGGACUGGGUGUUACGAUGUGCUGUAUCUCUUGCAUGGGUUAUAUUGCAGCUGAUGCUAUUAACGGGUGUUGCCUUUAUUUCUAUGCUCUUCUGAAAACUGUAUUCAUCUUACUGGAGGUGGCUUUCAUUUUGUUCAUUGCACUUGACCGUCAUUGGGAAAGGGAUCUGCCCUCGGACCCCACCAGAGAAAUUGGUAGAAUUCGAGAAUUUGUGGAAGCAAAUAUUGAUUUUUGUAAAUGUGUUGCCAUUACCAUUGUUGUAAUUCAGGCCCUAUGUAUUCUGCUUGCUGUAGUCUUGCGAGCAAUGAUAACUUCACAGAUGAAGGAUGAUGAGAAUGACAUUGAGAGAGAUUCUGAUGUAAGAGGUAAAGCUUGGGAGCCCCUGCUGAACCCACGUCCAACCCAAACAUCAGUGUCAGUUAGUGGCAAUGGUAGAGCUUUUCAUUCUGAUAUCUGGACUUCACGAAUGAGAGAAAAGUAUGGAUUGAGUAGCAGUAGUGCCAAGUAGACAGGAAAUCUGAGCAAUCGAAUCCAUAUAUGAUAUUGUAUAUCCAUAGAUUUGGGUCAUGCUCAUUUCGUUCUGCAGCCGAAUAUGUUAACUGUGUUGAUUGAGAAGAAGGGUGUCUAGAUAAAGGUACAUACAAUCUUUUUGUAUAAUGUUUGUGUAUUUAUAUUUUGUAUAGAAAGUGGAAGCAGUGUGAGGGCAUGUUUGUUAGCA